AUAAUAGAAAUAGACUUCGCCGAGACUAUGCGCGAUUUCAGAAAAUGAAAAGAAAAGUUACACAAAAUAUAAUCUAGCGGGUUUUCAAAAAUUAUAAACGGUAUUGAAGAAAGUGACAGAGAAUGGGGGUUCCGAAGUUUUACAGAUGGAUUUCUGAAAGAUAUCCAUGUCUUUCAGAAGUUGUAAAGGAAUUUCAGAUACCAGAAUUUGACAAUCUGUACCUGGACAUGAAUGGUAUUGUACACGUCUGUUCCCAUCCGGAAGAUGAUAAUCCACAUUUCAGGAUUACAGAAGAGAAGAUAUUUGCUGAUAUCAUGUAUUACAUUGAGUUCCUGUUUCGAAUGAUCAAACCAAGGAAAGUAUUCUUCAUGGCUGUUGAUGGUGUAGCACCACGCGCAAAGAUGAACCAACAAAGAGGCAGGAGAUUCAGGUCUGCGAGGGAGGCGGAAGAGCUAGAAAAACGUGCCAUGCAGAAGGGGGAGACCCUACCAACUGAGAAACGAUUUGACUCCAACUGUAUUACACCAGGAACACCGUUUAUGGUACGGCUACAAGAACAGUUAAAGUAUUUUGUUGUAAAGAAGACAAGUACUGACCCCCUGUGGCAAGGUGUGAGGGUCUAUCUCUCCGGGCAUGAAACGCCAGGGGAAGGAGAGCACAAGAUUAUGGAUUUUAUUCGAGCCGAACGAUCAGAUGUUAACUACGAUGCAAACACAAGACAUUGUCUGUACGGACUGGAUGCAGAUCUGAUGAUGUUGGGCCUGGCAUCACAUGAGCCUCAUUUUUCUCUGCUCCGAGAAGAGGUGAGAUUUGGUGGUAGAAAAGACAGUCGAAAUAAAAGGCCACAAACACCAGAGGAGACCACUUUCCACCUGUUACAUUUGUCUUUGUUUAGAGAGUAUUUGGAUUUUGAAUUUUCUACUCUAAAGAAUGAACUAACCACAUUUGAAUAUAACCUGGAGAAUGUGAUAGACGAUUGGGUAAUGAUGGGAUUCCUGGUGGGCAAUGACUUUAUACCACACCUACCUAAUUUGCAUAUUAACCAUGAUGCAUUGCCACUUCUGUGGAGGACAUAUAUAGAAGUACUACCCUCAUGUGGAGGUUACAUAAAUGAAGGUGGUCAUCUGAAUCUGGAGAGAUUUGAAAAAUACCUCACAGCUUUAUCAAAGUUUGAUUUUGACACAUUCUCCGAGCAAGUUGGUGACUUGAAAUGGUUGGAAUCAAAGAAAGCAGAAGCCUCGGCCGGGCAAGCAGAAGCUUUAUCUGCAGCAAGGAAACUUGCUAAAAACCAGAAAAAAUCACUAAGCAGGUUAACAGAGCGUUUAGAGAGGAACCAGUUUGCUCUCCUGGAAUCAUUAGAUGACAAUGUAGUGUCAUCAGACGAGCUAGGUACCGAGUUGAUAGAUUCUCCAGUUGAUGAAACUUCAGAAGAGAUAUCGGAGGACGUGUCUGAUGAAUCUGACGAUGACACGUUGGGCGACGAGUUCCGUCAUCAUAAACGUAACUACUACAUGACAAAGAUGGAGUAUGAAAAAGUGACGCCUGAAGUUCUACAAGACCAAGCAGAAGGCUACGUUAGAGGGAUACAGUGGAUUUUACUCUACUAUUAUGAAGGUGUACCAUCAUGGAGUUGGUAUUAUCAACACCAUUAUGCACCAUACAUGAGUGAUGUGAAGGAUUUCAAAAAUAUGAACUUAAGGUUUGACCUUGGCACUCCAUUUAAACCGUUUGAACAACUGAUGGCAGUUUUACCUGCUGCCAGUAAAGAUUUAUUACCUCUUCCAUAUCAAAAACUGAUGAUCAAUGACACAUCACCUGUGAUAGAUUUUUACCCGCUACAGUUUGACACAGAUCUGAAUGGGAAACAACAAGACUGGGAAGCUGUUGUUCUCAUCCCUUUUAUAGAUGAGAAUCGACUACUCACAGCAAUUCGAUCUGUAGAGCAUCUUCUUACGGAUGAGGAGAAGGCACGUAAUGGUCAUGGUCCGCACCUGUGUUACGAAUAUACACCGGAAGCUGGCGAGCCAUAUCCCUCGCCUUUACCAGAUUUCCCGGACAUUGCUAUCAGUCAUUCCAAGCUGACACGGGUUCAUAUGGAUGAGUUUCGUAUUCCAAGCGAAUUACUGAGAAAAGGAAUGCUGCCAGGAGCCAAAUUAGACGUUUUCUUCCCAGGAUUCCCUACAUUGAAACAUAUUCCACAUCAUGCUGAGUUAAGUAAAGAGGGGGUAAAGGUGUUCCAGAUGAACAGUCGAGGGUAUAAUACCAUGUUGUACAUUGAACAAGGAGAGGAGGAACCUGACAUAGACAAAGUGGCAAAGGAAUAUCUUGGAAGAGAAAUCUAUGUUGGUUGGCCACAUAUGUAUGAGGCUAAAGUUAUUGCAGUCAGUAACAGUGAAUACAGUUACACACAAGAGGAACCAGCUGGCGGUAAAGGUAAAGCUGGGAACCAUCGACCACAGAUCAAAAGAGAACAGAUUGAUGACAGUACUUAUACAAUAUACUCAAAGGAAAUCAGCACUAUUGUUGAAAGGUAUAAAGACAGACUUGGAAUAGUCAUUGGUGACACACACAUUUUACUGAGGGCCUUACCUAUGACUGGCAGAAAGUAUAUAUUCAGUUCUCACGGCAGAGUUACUAUGGAUAAACAGUUUGGAAAGUUACCUGUGGCAUUUGCUAAACAAGCCACUGUUAAGGAUAUAGCUGUACAUGAUUCUGGUUUCUGUCAGUUCCGCACAUUAAAGGACUAUCUUCCUGAGGGAACUGCUGUAUUUAUGCUUGGUUGGCCACAUUACGCAUGCCAAGGGGAGGUAAUAGAGACAGAUACAGACAGUGGGCGUGUCCGUAUCAACCUGUCCAUCUUAGAGGAACCGCAGCUCUCCAAUGUCAUUAAUCAUCAACAGAUACAUCCAUCAAUGGUGCAUGCUGACCGUUACUAUUCCGGUUACGUUGUUGCGCAGAAGGUCGGCAUAAGUUCGCACCUGUUGUCACGGUUGACCGGCACAAUUUAUGUGACAGCUGGGGAGGCAGAGCUAGCUCGUGAACAGGCCAAUCCACAUAAAGUUAAUGUAGGACUGAAUCUGAAGUUUACUAAAAGAGGCGAGGAAGUUCCUGGGUAUACUAAAAACAACGAAGGGCAGUGGACGUAUUCAGAUAAAGUUGUCGAUGUUUUGUCCCAAUAUAUGGAUAAGUUUCCAGAGAUGUUUGAGAGUAUUUCCAAAUCAAACAAGCAGCAUAAUGAUAUGUACUAUGAAUCUGAUCUCAUACCUAAGACAUGCGAUUACACUUUAAAAACUGUUGAAGAGUUUAUAAAGAAGUUGCCAUGCUCUGGGUUGAAAACUAUGAAAUCAGGGGCUGAUAUUAUUAGUGAAGGAACUAUAAAAGCAUUGCAGGAACUGACAGACCAAGUUGUAGAGGCAAACAAGAAAAGACAAAAAAGAGUGAAAAUGCAAGUUAAGCCUCAUCUACUUUAUAAGCCGUCGCCUACGAGCGGGUCUCUGAUCCCGGAUCAGUCUGCCAUGUACCAGCUCUAUGACAGAGUUGUUAAUACAAGACAGGGAUUUCCGGUGCCGUUUGGUUUGCGGGGGACAGUUGUGGGAAUACAUCCGGCAGAGGUCGAGGUCAAUACAAUGUAUGAGGUGAUCUUUGAUGACGAUUUUCAGGGAGGAAUUUCUAUAAGAAAUUCAUCAAAGAGAGGUUACAGAAUGCCACCAUCGGGAUUGUUGAAUAUAACACAUGGUGAACGUAAAAAUGGUGUCAAAUCUGCCAUACAAAUUCCUGUAGCAGCCAAGAACCAGCCAUACCAGGGCCAGCAACAUAGAAAUGUUACCAAUGAUUUUAGUUAUGCUAAUGCCAGUGCCCCGAGACAACCAGGGCCUCACCAGUAUAAUCAAGGUUAUGGAGGGCAACAAGGUUUUCAAAGAAAUCAAGGUGGUUACCAAGGACUACCUGAUAACAGAACAGGUUACCAUGACAACCAGUAUUCCAGGGGAGGUAAUCAACAAUGGGACAGGCAGGGUAGAUCAGGAAAUCAGGCUGGCUAUUCGAGACAGAAUGAUCAAUACGAGAAGCAAAAUAAUAGAAAUACACAGGAUACGAAGGAAGAUGUAUCAGGACAAGUGUUUAAUGGAGCCAGUGCUGGAACCAGCCAACCAACAUUUGUCACUCCUAAAGUCACUUCAGGGAACCAGUCAAAAAGGAAGUUGUCCACAGGAGAGUCCCAGCAGAAUAAACCUGGGAAAGGGCAGACUAGUGGAAGUACAGAAUUUGACAACAUAUGGAAACAGUUACAGGCAUCUCAACCACCAGCAGCAGAUAACUCUAGUCAAGGACUGUCACUCUCAUCAGCAGCUGCAGUAUUGCCAAGAGUGCCUUCCCCUGAUAAUGCCAGUAAGGGAAGCAACUCUAAUCAAAAUAAUACUAAAAUUGAUGUACAAAGCUUGUUUUCUGGAGCAAGCAAUGCAAAUGACACUAAAACCAUUCAGCCAGGUGCUCAGAAUGCUAAAUCAGACAGUAAAUCACAGUAUAGUAGUUCUAAAGUAGUGUCUAACGAUGAAUUUGCAGCCAUGUUUAAAUCUCUUGAAGAAGUUCACAUAUCUAAAGAAGAAAAUGAAAAUAAACCAGAGAAUGGCACAGAUGCACUAAAGAAGAUGCUAAAUAUAACUGACCAAUCAGAAUCCAGCAAGAAUUCGGACCCUCCUGCAGAUAGUGGGGGAGCAAGUAGUGGAGGUGGGAAGAGUUAUGGAAGACAAGUUUCUAUUCAGGAAUUGUUUGAUGGUGCCAAGAAGCAGCAGGUUCAGUCUGAUGUAGAUAAAUCACAGGAACAACAAAACAAAGGAAAGGGGUACCAGAAACAGAAGGGUCAAGGUCAACAGUCACCAAGGCAACCACAAGGUCAUCAAGGUCAACAGCAAGGUUUUCAGAAUAAUGUACAAAACAAAAGACCAGCAUUGUUGAUACCACAGUCUAGAGGUGGUAACAGGAACCCAGUAAUGGAGCUGAUGAGCUUCUGCCAGUCUUUACAAAUGGGUUUACCUAUGUAUGAUUAUUUACCAAAGAGUGGGGUAUUCUACUGUGUAGUAUCACUAUUUAACGGAGCCAGAUUUCAGGGAUCAUUGUGUAAGACGAAGGAGGAGGCAGCAGAAUCUGCGGCCAGUGUUGCCUUACUACAGCUGAAGGGCAGCAUGCAGCAGAUGGCAGCUCACCCGAUGAUGCAGAUGCCAGGUUUUGUACCCGGAGCUCUGCCACAAGGGAGACAAUUCUCAUCUCCAAAUUCUGCCUUCAGUCCUGUUAACACUUUUACAGCUCCAGGAAUUUAUCAGGGAAACAGAGGUCAAAGCCCUAGAGGUUACCAUGGUUACGGGCAGCAGCAGCAACAGAGACCUUUCAGUGGGGGUCAAGGUCAAACUCAUUACAACAGGGGAGGUUACUCUAGACAACAAAAUAAUUCGGCCAAUCAGCAGCAAGGAAGAAAUCAGACAUACCAAAAUCCUCAAGAGAUGACAACCAGUCAGCAGCAAGGAAGAAAUCAGACAUACCAAAAUCCUCAAGAAGUAAUAGCCAAUCAGAAUCAAGAAAGCAAAACCGAUGAAAGAUCACUGUUCAACAGUCAAAAACAAAGUAAAGAUGUGAAAACUCAACCCACUUGUGUGGUUACACCUUUUGUUCCAAUGCAGGUGACUCGGAAACAUACACCACAGAAAGCGAGGAAAACUUCCGUCUCUGAUGACAACACUUCUCGCAUCGAGGAAGAAACAUUAGAAAAAAGGGGAGAGAACGUACCUGUACGUGAAGUAAAGGGAGAUAACUCUAUGCAAUCUAACAAACCGAAAACUGAUUCUAGUGAAACCAUUUCUAGUAAACCAGAUCCAAAUAAUUCUAGGACAGAACGAAAAGAGUCCGGUAGUACUGAUAGUACAAGUCCAAAGACAAAACAGUCGACGCCUCCAAAAUCAGCGAAAAAAACGGAAACAGGGUCGGCGAAAAAAUCUCGAAGACGGUUAGCGGCUAAUUUUAAUGUGAAACCGUAAAGUGAAGUUUUGAAUAGAUUUUCCUAUUCCAGUGUUUGAAACACAUUUUAGAGAUUUUAUUUAUAUUUUAGAUAUUCAUAUUUUUCCAAGAAGGAUAGUUUCUAUAAUUGUUUAGAUAAAAAAAAAUUGUGCCACUUUUAUAGUUCCUUGCAAUGCCACUUUUAUAGUUCCAGGCAAAACUAAUGAAAUGUUAGAAAAACUUUUGUUUGAUAUGAAUUAUACAACAGAAGAUAUACAGACACUGACUGCAUUUAUUUGUCUUUAAAAUAAUUACACAUGUACAGAAAAAGCAGGGUGUUUUUUGUUUCCUUAAGAGUAUUUAAGUUCCAGUUAUUUUAUAUGGAGACAUUAUUUAACAUAGGUGCUUUUUUACAUCAAGAACAAAUAGUUUGUUUUAAAAAGUUUUGAUGCUUUUCAGCUCUAUUUUAAGAAUAGUCAGCUCUAAAUAUUCAAUGAAGAGUGGGGCUAUCCUAACCCAUCUGGGUAUUUGCACUAGUGUAACAUAUCCGGUUAAAUUUUAGUUGCAACUUCUUGCACAAUUUCCCAUCCUAUCAGCCACUGAAGAUAUCUAAGAUUGUAACUUAUAAUAUGUGUGGAGAUCAUAAUUGGAGUCUCUGUUCAAGGCUCAUAACACUAGCAUUGAUUUAGACCAAAUAACGGCCCCUUGACUAUGAGACCUUAGAAAAGUUGUGCAUGCAACAUCAAUAUUCAGACCCAUAACUAGCAUGGAUUUUGAAUGAAAAAUGACCUUUUUGUGAACUAACAAAACUCCCUGAGUCACUUUUCAAGAGUGGUAACUAAGCUAAGCUUAGUCAUAAACAUGUAUUUUGAGUGAAAUGUGUCUCAUUGUUCUAUGGUCUUAUUUAGUAUUAAGCAUUGAGAAUACUUUCAAAAGUCGAUUGCAUUGUUAUAUUUAACGUAUUUAAAUUCUAGGAAUUAAUAAUAAGAUACCUGGUUUCAGUGUGUUUUAAAGGGCUGUUUAUAAUAGAACCAUAAGAAUAAUGGUAAAACACUGCCACCCCAUUCCUGUCUGUCUGUUUUUAAAGUGAAAUUUUAUUUUAUUUUUGAAAUAAACUGCAAAAUAGUUAAACAAAACAUUUAUUUGUUUUUGUUCAGUUAAAUGACUGUGAAAAAUAGACGCUACAUGUAAUUUUUCACUAUUAUGAGGCAAAUCUUCAUAUUAAAGUUUUGAAGUGUCAUGGUUGGAAUAGAAUCUGCAAUUUUCAAUUUGUAUUCAAUUUGUUUUAUUUAUGUGACAUAAUAAAAUAGUUUUGUUACA